GCCAGCGUUUCGUGUGAUUUAGGAAAAACCUUGGCCGUUUUCGUCGGGCGCACUUGUGGGUUGUGUAUUCCCGUGCUGUCUGUUGGUUGUGUGUGGUAAUACGUACCUUUUUUGUUUACUUUAUCGCUUCUGGAAGCCUGUAAAAAUAUCGUACGAAAGAAGGUGCACACGACUCCGUAAGCGAGCUUACGGUUAGUUAGCGCUGACGUGUAGCCAAAAGCAGUGUCUAGUGAUUAUUUUUUUGCGUCAGAACCAUCGGAAACAACUCAAAAUAGAGACUCCUGUAAUCUUUCCCAGUCCAUCUGUAUUAUGGUUUUGAGCGUAACACUAUCCUUGAAAGAAUACGGCAGUGUAUAUUGUUUAUCAAGGAACUAGUGUACUCAUGAGAAGAAUACACAUUCUUCUAUUAUCGUUUUCUGUGCCAUCAAUAUUGGAAAUAGUGUAAUAUACUGCUAACGUAAGCUUGCAACUACACUUUGUACGCCGCUCAAAUACAACAACUGUGCUUUCGCGAACUAAACAGUCUAGAACCACUCUUGAGUAAAGUAUCGAAGCGGAAGUUUUCUAUUUUCUUUCGGUUCGAAGCAGAUCCGUUUGCUCUACCACGCUGCGAUAGGACGCAGGAUAUCGGUGCUCCACAAUGACGAACCAGAAACCGACUGCUACUUGCCGGCUAAAACAGGACUACAUGCGCUUGAAGCGAGAUCCAGUGCCGUACAUCACAGCCGAACCGCUGCCUUCUAACAUCCUGGAAUGGCAUUAUGUGAUCAAAGGGCCAGAAGAUUCACCGUACCACGGAGGCUACUACCACGGGACGCUGCUGUUCACGAAAGAAUUCCCCUUCAAGCCACCGUCGAUCUACAUGACGACACCGAACGGACGAUUCAAAACUAACAAACGGCUUUGCUUGAGCAUAUCGGACUUCCAUCCGGACACUUGGAAUCCGGCCUGGUCCGUCGCUACCAUUCUGACGGGCCUGCUGAGCUUCAUGCUCGAGACGACCCCGACGAUGGGUUCAUGCGAGUCGACGACCUACGAGAAGCGCCGUUAUGCGCAACAGUCGCUCGAGUUCAACAUGAAGAACGAAGUCUUUCAGGAACUGUUCCCCGAGAUUUGCGAAGAGAUCACCGAGCGGUUGCAGAAGAUCGAAGAACAGAGAAAACUGGCUGCCACGGCGGGGGAAAGCGCGUCCAGUAGUACCGAGGCUGCCACCGGAGGUGGAGAGGCUGCCGAUGGGGGCUUGUUUGUUCCCGGACGGUCCAGUGCGGACGACAGCAACAUCUGGCAUUCACUCUACACGAAUUUGAUCCUUUUGGUUGGCUUCGUUGUGUUUGCGUUUAUAGUACAUUACGUUAUCAAAACUAUGAACAUUUAAUAAUGGGCCCUUACAAAAGCGGUGCGGUGUAGGAUAUGUUUGGUCGACUAAAAGAGGUUACGCCUUGCCAGGGGUUUUGCCGGUUCAGCACGCUCACGGUGCUUGCUGUGUCGCGUAGAGCGUGACCGUUGCCUACCCUUAAACUAGUGAAAGCUUUUUAUUCUUCUGACCAAACAGACCUCCAAGAGGUAGAACAUACAGAUACAAUUCUUAACGUUUGGUAAGCGGUAUAAAUUAUAUGUUAGUUUAUCAGGCUUUCUAAAUCGUUUAGGACUCCACGUGGCAACCGUUUUCAUCCGUUACAAAUACCAAACAAAAAUGCUAGCAAUAGAAUCACGGAACUGCUAGAACCGACAGAGUGUAAUACGAAAAACAAUGGUAGCGGGUCUGCAUAACUUUCGCUGUAAAGUGGAUUAAUAUGAAAGAACCAACUCGUCAGAAGAGUUUGGAGCAAGGGGUAAUGAAAGCAGUAAAUAUAAAUACCUAUAUGGUCACUGUAUCGUUCCGAGAGGAAACCUGUUGUAAGAUAAUUAUAUUUUAACCUGUUAUUUUGCACCUUCAGCGGAACGAAGCCAUCCGCCAACUAUUCACGGGAUUAAACCGACCCGGGGUAAACAAGAGCUAAGAGAAUCCAAAAAACCAAAUCCAAACUAGCUGAUGGUAAAAGUGUUAAUUACGACAGGAGUGUGAAGCCAUAGUGAUCGACUCUUUGUUCCGUGGUGUGGCUGUGCUCUUUAACAAGAAAGUUCUAAUAAAGCAUGUUUAUCGAUCAGUUUGUCGAUACUGACGAGAAGAAAUUCUCAUGUACUUCAUAUGUGGGGGUAAACUAGAUGCGCAAAUAAUCAUCAUGUUUAUGACAGGAAAGACGGAAAACAACUUCCGUGACUAAAAUUCCGGGGCAUGGUUUGAUCGCUUACGUGGACGCGGGAGGCAAUUAAGGUGGAAGAUAAAAUUAGUCAAACAUAAACAAUUUUACCGUUGCACAGUAAACAACGGUAGUAAAUAAGUAAGAAGAAACAACAAAUUUUGUCGCUAUACAGUAUUUAUUUGAAAAUUGAAAAUAAACCGGUACACUACCAGUGACGAUACGGAUCGAUUA